CACAGGGCGCUCCUGCCUUGCCACGCUGCGGAGCUGCACAACAGUGGUGAUGCGCAGCGCUCGCGAAUGAGGCAGUCACCGUCGCCUGGGGGAGGGAUCGACUGAACACGCCCCCCACAAGGGGGACCUAGCCGAGGCCGCCCUGCCAGGGCGGCUGCCCGGUGCCAGGCCAGAGGCGUGUGCCACUCUGGUUGCGGCUGGAGCACAACAUUGUCGCGGCCCCCGACGAGCUGAUCCAGGCCGCGGAGACUCAGAUGCGCAAGAUUCGGGAGAACACGAGCGGCGCUCCUAUCACAGGCAAGAUGCUGUGCUAUGUGUCCCCAGGCACCAGCGGCAAGCAGGAGUGCCGCAGCGACUGGUGCAGGCUGAGCUCCCCAGGUCCUGACGGGCACUGCCCGCUGGCGCAGGUCACGUACCUGGCCAACCAGCGGGCCCCGGGCCUCAAGCCGCCGCCCGAAUCCUUGUGCUGGAACGGCAGCCGCGAGCAGAAGGACGAGGCGAACAGGUGGCGCAUGGCGAACUUCGCCCCGCAGCCGUCCAUGGCGCAGCCCGCCACCGCGGCGCCGUGGGCAGCUGGCAGGCCCGGAGACGCCUACGGGAGAGAGCCGCCGGACGACCUGCUGACCCGCGGCCCAUACGGAGGUUUUCUGGAAAUGGCGACGCAGGCUGGCGCCGGCGCGUACGCCGACGAGCGGCCAGCCCCGGCCCAUGCCAUGGAGGCCAAGGCACCGCCGCUCGGCUUCGCGGCCAGCCUCGCCGCGUCGAUCGAAUAUCCACGUUCACGAUGUCACCAAGUCGUGGCCCUGAGCUUUCACAUCUACCAGAAGCUGAAAGCGGACCUUGCGCGGCGACCGCAGGCCGCCACGCCUUCA